CACCACUCUAUUCGAUUCGGAUUCGAGUGUAAUUCGAGCAUUCGAUUACACUUUUUUCCGCAGGGAAAUGAAUAAUAAACUUCCAGCAUAAGUAACGUUCACAAUAUGACCUAAAGAAAUAGUACAAUUUAAUAUCUGUUAAAAAUUGUAAAGUAAAUGAUUAAAAUGAAUGAUGCUAAAGAAAACUCUGGUUUUAAAAGUUACAUAGGAGAAUCAGAACUAGAAUCCAUUAGUUUGGAUGAUAUACAACGAACAAAAAUCUUAGAAGGGGAAACCAUUGUCCAUGAGGAACCCAAAGUACUUCUUUAUGUACCUCUUAGUGAUAGAAAGACAUGUAUUAAUGGGAUCCUAGCAGUGACCACUUUUAAGCUCUCAUUUAUGAGUGCAGAGGAACAAGAGUCAUCUAAUUGCUACCAGCAGAAUGUUUUAUUAGGUGUAAAUGAUAUAUGUCUGUCUUCCAUUGAUGUUAUUUAUCAACUAGGCGAUAGAACCAAGAAGAAACUUUUACCAGGACAAAAUGUUACUGGGAAGGUCAAAGAAAUACUUAUCGUCUGUAAAAAUAUGAAGAGUUUUGAGUUUAGUUUUAAACAUAGUUCAAAAGAAAGUGGGAAGAAAAUAGUCAAUGCCUUGCUACACCAUGCAUACCCAAAAAGGCAUUCUUUAUUAUUUGCUUAUGAUUAUAACGAACCUUAUGUAAAUAACGCUUUGAACAGGGAAGCCCGAUUUUUCGACAAAAAGGCAGAUUGGGAAAAAGAACUGAAACGAACGAAAUGUCAAAACUGGAGGAUAUCUCAAGUCAAUUUCAAUUAUCAGAUAUCUCCUUUGUUAAUAGAAACCCUUAUUAUUCCACAAUCAGUAACAGACAAAAUUAUUGAGGAUACAGUUGGAAAGUUCCGGAAUAGGUUUUGUCCGUUGUGGGUAUGGGGUACAAGUAAAGGAGCAGCUCUAGUCAGAAUGGCAGAUCUUCUUCCGACUAUUUCAGAUCGGACAGAAGAAAAUAUACUUCUUGAACAUAUACGUAAAAGUCAUCCAGCCAUAAAAGAACCACAUAUAAUCGAUCUCUCAUCGCCUACUCCCAAAGAUGUCCAAACCAGUUAUUUGAAACUUAGAGACCUGUGCACACCCGAUAGUACGAGGGUGUUUAAGAAUCAAGAUUUUAAAUUCUAUGGCCUUUUGGAUAGUACAAAGUGGCUCUUGCAUGUGUCUACUUGCUUGACGAAGGCACUCGAGGCAGCUGAUUAUCUUAAUUCACAUGAAUCCACAGUAGUACUUCAAGAAGGUAAUGGACAAGAUUUAAAUUGCGUAGUGUCUAGCCUAACGCAAUUAAUACUCGAUCCGUAUUUCCGAACGAAAUUUGGCUUCCAGUCCCUCAUCCAGAAAGAAUGGGUCGCAUUAGGACACCCAUUCGCUAAUAGACUCGGUCACAUUUUAUGUAAAGAAAUAGAACCUUCGCCCAUAUUUCUAUUAUUUCUAGACUGUGUCUGGCAGCUUUUGCAACAGUUUCCACAAGCUUUCCAGAUAAGUGAAACUUAUCUAACGACGCUUUGGGAUUCAGCACACAUUUCUAUAUUUGAUACGUUUUUGUUCAAUAGCCCUCAUGAUAGAUUUAUGGCCGAAACGGGAUCUUUAAUUUUAAGAAGUGUUUGGGAUUGGAGGGAGCAAUUCGCGGAUAAAGACAUCAUACUCUUUUGCAAUCCCUUAUACGAUGACAGCUUCCGUGAGCCUAUUAAACCCAAUACAGGUCUAUCUUCUAUGGAAAUAUGGUUACAGUGUUAUUUUAGGUGGUUACCAGAUUUAGAAAUCCGCACUGGAGGUAGACCGCAAAUAGACUUAUUUAGUCGGUAUCUAGUCGCAGAAAUACUGCAAACACAGCAAAACCCGACGGAUAUUAACGGCAAGCUGAACAAAAGCAAAGAGCAGUAUUUCGAAUUAAUUCAAAAAGUUAACAGUUUCUUCCCUUUUAGCCAUAAUUCUAGUCUGUUGUCGGGAGACGCUACCAAUAGCGUUCUUCUGACAGGAGACGUCUUGGAUACGCAGUCCAUACUUAAUUUUACUAACGAUUGAAUGUGCCUGAUAGAUUUAAACGAAUUAAUGCAUCAGAGUGAUGACAAGAUGUUUGUACUUGUAAAUAAUAUGUACAACAUAAUUAUUUCCCCAUAUUUUUAAUAAUAACAUAAAGACAUGGAUUCGAGCCAUAUACGAACGUUAAGUGAUAAAACUAUUUAUGUAGAUAACUUCUAAAACCCCAAUUUUUAAAUAAUUAAUUAAUAAUCUUGAGUUUACUAUUACGAAGGAUACACAAAAAAUAUGUAUCAUUAAUAUAUUUGUAAUUUAAGAAAUAACAAUUAUUUAAAAAAGUUUUACUCGUUUAUUGUGAACCUGUUGUUAAGGGGCUAUCCUAUUGUACGAUAUUCAUAUACUAUUUUUGGGAAUUUCUAGAAUAAAAAGUAAUGGACCAAUUAUUUUGAAAAUUAAACGAUCUAUGCGCCAUCUACUGGCACCGUGAAAAUAAAAACAUGGCCCCACUACUGUAGUGAUUGGGACUAAUAGAGAUCCCGAAACAUAAAAUUUCAAAGUCAUUAUUGAAAUAUAAGUUAUUUCCUAUACCAUCAAUUACGAUUUUUAAAAAAAUAUUGAAAUUUGGAAAAAUGGCGAAAUGUUGAAUUUUUUUUAAAUUAGCUAAAACAUUCUCAGUUUCAAAAACCGCCAAAUUGACAUUUUUUAUCCGAUCAAAAAACCCCUAGUUGAUGGUAUAGAUAGAAAAUAGCUUACAUUUCAAUAAUAACUUUGAAAUUUUAUGUUUCAGGAUCUCUAUUAGUCCCAAUCACUGCAGCAGUGGAUCUAUGUUUUUAUUUUCACGGUGCCAGUAGAUGGCGCAUGAAUCGUUUAAUUUUCAAUAUUUUUUAUGAAAAUUGUUUUACAUGUACUUCUUUUUAUAAUAAAUGCCCAUGCAAAUUGUCAAAACAAUUGGUACAAUACUUUUUAUUUUAGAAAUUUCCAAAAAAGUAUAUGAAUUUCGUACUUUUAUACUAGAAUAGCCCCUUAAUAUUCCUUAGCUUAAUUAUUAGUUUUUUAUGGCUUGUAAUUGUCAAUUACUAGCUGACCCGGCGAACUUCGUACCAUCUUAAAAUUAAAUAAUGUCUCAAAUUCCAAUAACUAAAAAUUAACAGAAAACAAAAAAAAUAGGUACUCCAAAAAAAUGAUGUACGAAAAAAGUUUAAUCCGUUUAAUGCUUUCUGAUAAACAAUAUUUUUGUUUUUUUUUUUUUUGACGUGUGUAAAUAUACAACGAUCACGUACAUGCGCGAAACAUCGAAACUCCAAAUUGAUUCCGUAAACCAUUGUCCUUGCGAUUUGUUUAUCGUCAUUGCAAAAGCCAAUCUCUCGGGAAAUACUAGAUGCUUAAAAUCAAAUGAUAAGUCUGUUGGAAUCAUCGGUAUACGCGGGAUCAAGACAUCCUCUAAUUUGUAUUUUCCCUUGACGAUCGUUGCCUCAAUAACAUUAUUCAUUAGCUUUUUCACAGUCAGUCUCGCUCCAUUGCACACUCGAGGUUGAUUAAUGUUAUGCAGCAUAAUAACGCACAAAGAACAUAGAAUUUGUCCAAAAUUUUCAGUAGCUUUUAAGAAAUUUCUAUUUUCCCGUAAACAAUUUUCCAAAACGUAAUUUUUACAACUUUUUUGAUAAGUAUUCGUUUCUAUGUACUGGAAUUUUUUUACGGAAGUCCUCGAGCAAUUUUUGUUGGGAAUUUAAUUGGGAAUAAUUUUAUUUCUGUCCAUUCUUGUCACAGGAUAUUUUUCUAUGUAUUGCGCAUAAGCGGCUAAGAAUAAAGAUCUGUAACUCCGAUUUUUCUUUCUAAAUUGUUUCCACAAUUUUUCAGGUGUAGAGUAUUACGGUAUUACUAUUCUAGUUGAAGAUAGAUAACCUUUUGAAGUUUACAUAUGUUUAGUAUGCUUAGUACUGCUGCAUCUAGUUUUUUUAUAGUGGAAAGUCCUGGCAAUUUCUGUAUUUUUCGGAACAGGAACAGUUGCGUUCUCUUUGAAUCAUUUAUCAAGAUGGCUCUAUACUGUGUUUCAAACGUUAGAAUCAGUAUGGUUGUAUAUUGUAUGCGCGUUUGCCAUACUUCGCCCAUUCUGUGAAUUAUCAUAAAUAAUAAAUCCUCCUUUUGUAUUCCACAGCAGUUAACAGCGAUAAUCCUCUCCAAGUACCUGCCUAAUACUACGUUUCACGGCCGCUGCCGUGAAUAGCGGCAACGUUGUCAACUAAAUUCUCAUUUAAUGUGCAUGGCCCUAUACCGUGUAUACUGAAUCGCAUGUUUGAAAUGCGCAUUAGUUAUCAUAGCUUACGGCUAAAUGUGUUUUUCAAGUGUCUUAACCCAUUAACGCCCAAAUUAUUUUUUUUUGCAUUUUUAACGUAAUUUUUUGUUUCGUAGUAUAUUUUGAGGUACAAAAUGAUGCGCUAUCAAAGUUUUUGUUUUUUGUUUUCAAAUUUUUGAAAAAACAACUGUUCUCAUUUUAGGACGCUGGGCUCAAAUACUAUGAAAUUAAAGACAAAUUUAGUUUAGCAAAAUAAGUUUAUUUAGUCGUUUUUCAAAUUAUAUUCAUAUUAUAUACUAUGGAGUUAAAAAUGUUUAUAUAAAUCCUAUAUUUUGUUAUAAAAUUGUUCAAAACAAAUCGACACGCAAAGCGUUACAUUACAUUUCUGGCAGUAUGUUCGCGGUUUUGACGUACAGUUUCGAUAUUGACAUAUUCGUUGUUUUUCUCGUUUUGCUACAAUGUGGUUUUUACUAUCAUAUCUAACGCUUCAGAGAUAUUGCUUCUUGACGUAGUUGGAAGACUAAAUGGACGACCUUUGCUUAUUCUUACGUCAUGUCCAAUUUUUAAAUAUGAAUAAGCUACGUGUCGCCUAAAUUCUUUGAUGGAUACAUUUUUCCCCUAUGUAUCAUGUUGUAGAGCACGCACCCAUUUACGCUAGUCAUAUCUAUCAUGCGUGGAGACACCAAUACCCAUAUUUUUCCUUUUACAGAUAUAUGAUGUUUUUCAUACAACCAGUCAUGGUGAUCCACGCCACCCAUAUAUUGGAAAUAGCGGAUAGUUGGGAAACUUGUACUUUCUUUUUUUCCUUUGUACUCCAUUGUUGAACUUGGUUGGUGAGAAAAACCGUAUCAUGAUUGGUUCCAAUAGAAACACAUUUACUGUAUUGUUGUUGUCAAAGCACCAGCCAUAUGCACCUCAAGGCUUCUGUUCUAGGUAUUUUUAUUGUUUGGUAGGACACUUUACAGUUCGGUUUCCUCUAAUAAUUUUCCUAAUAAAUAUUUUUGUCUCAUCCUAGAAUCGAAGAAAAUAAUUAGUUACUAAAAAUGCCAAUGUAGACUUUUACACAAAAUAUAUGAAUUUGCCCAGCGUCCUCAUUUGAGAACGCAUAAUACUCUUAUAUAUUUUUUAACAUUUUCUUUUACUGGGUAGUAAUUUUUGUAUUUUUUGUGCAAGUCGUGUAUCUAACCUAAUAAAAAUUACAAAUUUUUAGAACUCACCUUUGUAUAUAAAAAACUUAUGCACACCAAUGUAAGUAUAGUUCAGUAAACUUAAAAAUCCUACUUUUCGCCUUGGGCUAAUAUUUCCUCAAAUAAAAAUAAAGCAUGAAUACAUAUACUUAUGCCUACGGUAGUGCUUUUACUAAACCACUGAGGUAGGCAAUCACAAAAUAUUCAUGCAGAAAUUGUUUUAUCCCCACCUAAACAAACCGUCCUCAAACGAGGACGCAGGGUGCUAAUGGGUUAAGUAAAAAUUUCCUAUUUCAUAAUUUUUCCCUGAGUACAUUUUAAUGCUGAAUCCGUUCUCAGUUUUUCUAUAUCUGUUGGAGUUUUGGCUGAGUACGGACGGAACCUCACAAAACUAAAAGGUAGACAUUUUUAAAAUUUUUAUUUUGAGCUAAAUAGCAAAUUUUGAUAAAUUUGAUCCCAGAUCCCUUAUGUAGUGUUAAAUGAAUUGAAGUUAAAUAAGCUCUGUUAAAUCUAUCAACUCAAAAUUAUUAAUUAAUUGUUUAAACGUCCAACCUGAUGCAUUAGUAAGCCAAAUAAUAUUCCUUUAAAGUAUUUUUCAUUCCUUAACCACGUAAUGAUAAAGCAGAGAUUAACUUUUAUAACUUUUUUGUAUAAUCAAAAAGUGGCUUGUUAUAUUUGAAUAUAUAUCUUCACGUCACAAUAUUAGAAUUAGUUUUAAUGAAAUUAUUACAAAAACAACAAUACUACUACUUUACAAAAAAAAAUGACUACACUUUAUCGUGUAAUUUAUUAAUCGCAUUUUGAGCCUUGUUGAGGUAUUAUUGUGACAGCUUAAAAACACAUAUCGUAUCUAUUCCAAUAUUCUACACGUUUUGAAAUAGAUUUUGUGCAAAAUAUUUCUAAUAGGUAAUACAAGCUUUAGCUAUUCGAUACCUAUAGUACAUAUACUUGCUUCAAAUUAUGUUAUGUUAUUUUAAUAAUUUUAUUAGAUGUGUAUCUUAUAAAUUUUACCCGUUCUUUCAGCCUUUACGUUAUACUAUGUGAAAAAUUAUUGGUCUACAGGGUGAUUGAUUAGUGGGGUAAAGCUCAAUAGAUCCGCUAUAGUAUAGAUAGCAAUAAAAGUUAAUAACAAAAAUUGUAGCCAACUUUGAGAUUCAUAUUACAAAAUUAGUUAGAAUGUUACAGGGUGUUCGAUAACCUAGUGGCAGACCAAACUUCUCAUGUUUCUAAACCACCAAUUUUCUUCUUGGUUCACUUUUAUCCUGAAUUUUGAUGGUAUUUUAUUUAGCGUAUGGCAUACAAUAGGAACACACAAUUCAAACAAUAUAAAACGUUAAAUGGAGUAUUAGAACCGAACAUAUAUGCUCUGUUUUUAAAUCAGGAAGAGUUAUUCAAAUAUACAGCGCCGUAAUUCUUGUUUGUAAUUGGUCCCACCUCAGGCAAGUUUACUCCACUGUUAUGAAAUUUUGGCACUAUUGGCAUUUCAUAGGUUAAUUAAGUUAUAUCGGCGAUUUUUUGUGUUUUCUGCAUUAUUCCUUUAAUUUUUAGAUUUUUAGCCUGCUUUUAUAUAAAAAACAGUUGUUUUUAGAAAUCUUUAGCGACGUAUAAGUAUAAUAUAAUAUUUAUGGAUUACUGACGAAAGGCGACAUGUUCAAACAAAAAUGAAGAUGUAUUUGGUGAUUUUUCUAGUGACUUUCUUGGGUGUCAAUCUGCCUUUUUAGUUUACUCCUCUUGGUUUAAAAACAAAGCAUAGUGCAUCAAUAUAAUCUAAAAUAUUUAAGGUCGCAUUCGGAACUAAUUAACGACUCCAUGGAACCGCCUUCGGGGGCAUUCUUUAAUAUGACGCAGCAGUAUGUCGUUGCUCACCGCAGUCACACUGAGGAGUAAGGGCUUCUCCCCAUAUAUGUAAGCUGUCAGCACAUCUACCGUUGCUUGUUCUUAUUCUAUUCAGCGUUGUCCGUGUAUUGCGGUUCAAAGCCUGGCGGUUUCUGAUUGAUACAGGCCAUUUUUCCUGUGGUGAGUCUUCUCCAGGUAUUCUCUCUCUUCAAUCGUGACCCCCUCCCCUGUCGCGAGUGUAGUGGUCGACGUGAUGUCAUCUGUCUUCGGCAAAAGGUCUUUUGCAUAUUCCUGUAAUUGAUCGAUCCAUCUUGUUGGGGAUCUUCCUCGUGAUCUUCGGCCUUUCUUUGUAUGAGUUUCGAUUUUUUCUGUGUUUGCCCUCAUAACAUGCCCAAAGUAUUUUAAUUGUUGCUGAUGGACUUUACUGGAGAGUAGUUGGCUAACUUUUAGCUCUCUUAAAAUUGAAUUAUUUGUCCCACGAUGUCGGUCCUCCAAGGAAUUCGUAGCAUUCGUCUCCAAGAGAACAUUUCAGUGGCAUCUAUCUUUCUUCUUUCCGAUUGCCUCAGGGUCCAAGAUUCGUAUCCGUAAGUCAGUAUUGGGAAUAUUAAGCAGUUGAUCAACCUCAUCUUUAACGCUCUUGAAAUUUGACAGUCCUUCUAUAUUGUGGUCAUUUUUGCUGUUUCAACUUUUGCUAGAUCACAUCUACGUUUUAUUUCUUCCUGUAGUGACCCUAGAUUAGAUUAGAUUAUGUGAGGUCGUUAAGGCUACGUAGCCUCUCAGCGCUUCGACCUAUAAAGAUCUUUUGUGCAUACCUUAAUCUAGUUAAACUCUAGGAUGCCAAUACUUCUGAUGAAAUUGAUUAGCAUCCUAGGUGACUUGUUUCCUAUGUCAGAGGGCGUUAGGGUGACCUCUUCUAGGAAUUUUAGUCAUUUGCAUAACAGUGCUACGCAAUUGCAUAGAAUGUGUUCUGCCGUUUCUUUUUCGUUGUCACAGAAACGACAGUUCUCAAUAUCUGAUUUGCCCUUUUUUUUGUGACCAGUGAGAAGGCCAGUGGCUAUUUUUAUAUCUUUUUUACUCGUUUCAAGAAGGCGGUUUGUUGCACUAGGCGACACCUUUAUGAGCCUUUUUGCUUGCCUUUGUCCUGGUGUGUUGGGCCAGUAUAGUUGUAGUUGAUUGAGUUCCCAAGUCCGGAGUUCCUCUCUAAUGUGGCUUUUUGGUAGUCCACAGAAGGGUUCUGGACCUUGGAAUGGGGUAUUGGCCCCUUCUUUUGCGACGCUAUCAGCUUCCUAAUUUCCUGCAAUUUCCUUGUGACCUGGCACCCACAUCAAAGUUACUUUGUUGCGUUCCGCCAGCUUCUUACGGGAUUGUUUACAGUCCCAAACCAACUUUGACUCACAAGUAAAUGACUUUAGAGCCUUUAAGGGAGCUUGGUUGUCUGAUACAAUGAAGACUUUUGCCCUGCGAGUGUCUUGGUUGAGACAUUCUUGGGCACUAAUCUAUAUGGCAUGUAUUUCUGCCUGAAAGAUAGUUGGGGCGUUUCCAAGAGAUUUGGAUAGCCUGAAACUCGGCCCAGUAACUCCUACUCCUGCUCUUUCAUCUAUCUUAGAUCCAUCCGUAUACCAUACGAGUGAGCCUUCCUCUAGUUUCGGUUCAACUGUUUCAUCCAUUUGGUGGUUUUUUAUCACCACUUCAAAUGGUGUUUCGAAGUCGAAUUUGACUGGCAUGGGCAUGACGUCAGAACUACAGGGAAGGAAGGUUCAGCAUCGCCUCUAAGGCUGCCGUGGGGCAUGUUGACAUUGCCCCUGUGAUUCCCAGACAAGCUAGCCGCUGCACUUUUUGCAGCUUGGCGUUAGCUGCUGUUUGUUGUGUUUUUGGCCACCAUACGAGUGAUGCGUAUGUGACCAUCGGCCUAAUAAUCGUUUUAUAUGUCCAGAGAGUCAUUUUCGGUUUUAGGCCCCAAGUCUUUCCAAAUGUCUUGCGGCAGGUCCAACUCACCACCAAGGCUCUGGAUAAGAUUUUUUUAAAUUGACUAUUCCAGGUGAGUUUGUGUAGUGACCCUAUGUUUGUGAUCAAUGAUCCCAGAUGAGCUCACAACCUCAAACCGGUCAAUUGUGAUUAUGUGUGGAUGAUUGUUAUGUAGUCUAUCCACUAUCAUUAUCUUUGAUAUGUUUAAUUGCAACCAAAUAUUUGACUUUCGUUUUCGACCAGUCGUAUAAGAUCAAUCAGCUCUGCUUGAAUAUUUGCAAGAAGGGCUGUGUCAUCUGCGAAACGUAGGUUGUUUAUUUUAUGACCAUUUAUUGAGAUACCCUUUUCCCAUCCUUCAAGUGCUCUUCUCAUAUUGAAUAAUUGUGGAGAUAGUAUACAUCCUUGUUUGACACCCCGUUCUGAAUGAAAUUCGUUUGAAAGUGUGUCAAGCACUUUAACUGAUCCAGUAGUGUGUUCGUAUAGUUCAGUUAUAAGCGAAAUAAGGUGUUGUGCUACGCCUACUUCUUUUAGUAUUCGCCAUAAGUGUCUCCACUUGAUCCUGUCGAAGGCUUUACGAUAAUCUUAUGAAGCAUAUAAAUAUGUACAAUGGAAUAGUGAAUUCCUUAGAAUUAUCGAUUAUCUGUCUUAUAUUCAACAGGUGUUCUCGAGUACAUCUACCUUUGGUAAAUCCAGUUUGCUCUCGUGGAAUUUCUCUUUGAAGGCAUGUUUUUAGUCUCUCUUUGAUUAUAUGUAGCAUUAUCUUGCUGGCAUGUGAUAUAAGAAAAAUAGUUUAUAAUUGUCGCAUUUAUGGAAACUGCCUUUUUUAUGUAUUGUCGUUAUUGUAGAUUUUGUCCAGUCUUCAGGCCAUUGUUUGGAAUACCAUAUUUGGUUACAGAGUAGAAGUAAUUUUACGCCGGUUUCUUUUGUGGUUUUGAACAUUUCUGCUGUUAUCAUAUCUGGACCUGGGGCUUUAUUAUAUUUGAGCUUACUCAUCGCCAGUCUUACUUAAUUUUCAAGUAUAUCAGGUUCUUCUUCCACCUCGUCGGAUUUGGUUAACAAGUUCUUGGCGAUCAUCUUUUAUAGGUCCCUGCAAUGCAAUCUCCGUGUCUCUGCUAUAUCUUCUCUGUUUGUUCUCAGAGAUCCAGUGUUGUCUUCAAUGGCCCAAGUUCUGGCUUUGAAGUCUUUUGUUAGGUAGCCUAUUUUUCUUAAUAGAUCUCUCAGCUGAUUAUUUUGAUCAUGGUCUCUCAAUUUCUUUGCAUGUACUUUGAUAGUACUGUUUUUUUGUCGGCCUUGCCUGUUCGUUUUAUUUCUUUUCUCCAGGCAUUACUGAGACUGAAAUGUUCUUAAUGUAAGGAGGUGGCCUUUAAUAAUGAAGGAUAUCUGGAACAGUUCAAAGCCUGGCGGUUUUUGAUCGAUACAGGCCAUUUGGUGUACUUCCUGCGGUGAGUCUCUCUCAACCUCUCUUCCAUUGUCUUCUCCAGGCGUUAUUGAGACUGAAAAUAUCGUGCUUGUCAUAGUGGAUGGGUAUUUGAUGAUUAGCCUGGAUUUUUCUGUAUUCUCUGAAAAGAGAAUGACUUCUUCCUAGUUCCGGCGCGGCGGUGGGAUGUGAUUCAGAACGGGAAGCCAAUAGUUCGGUUUGUGUGUAAUAAUUGUAUCUGAGAUAAUUCCCUUUGUCUGGUUUAAUUGGGUAUCAACAAUCUUCGUGUAUUUGCUAUUGAGCCAUACCGGGGAAGCAUAUUCAGCUUCCCAGUCUUGAUGAUGAAUGAAUACAAUGAAAUUCUAGUGAAUUCUAGGUGCUGUCAAUAUCGUAUUUGCAAAAAGGUGCCAAGUGGCAUUUUAUUCAACAGAGGGAUUAUGUGCAAAAAUGAUAGGUACGAAGGUUCUACCUAUUCUGUAAAAAUGGGCCAAGUGUAUUUUUUUUUGAUGCCAAGUAAUAUUUUCUUUUAAACUUGCUGGUGUAAAAAGGAACUAAGUUCCACUUAGUAAAAAUAUAAAAAUGUUAAAAAGACUGAAGACUGAUAUAGAAAAUGGUUAUUCAUUUUUGAUAAAAAUGUUACUUGGCCCCUUUUUGCAAAUCAGCGACGAUAUGUAUUCACACAGAUUUUUUUUACUUAUUCUUCUUAAGUUUCCGAGACCGCUUGUCGCUCGUUGGCUCUCAUGUUGUCCAGUAUUUUUUCUACGGUAGAAGUUUAUUAGUAUUGUUGAAGUAGUAAAUAUGUUAAAAAGCUUUAAGCGCAUAUUACUCUAAUGGAUUUAAAACUUGUGUUGUGAUAAAUAUAUAUUUUCAAAUUCAAUAAAAAGCUUACUUUAGUUUAAAUUAGAUAUCUAAAAUAGGUAUUCAGCAGGUCGACGAAAUAAGUUUUCUUGGAUGUUUAGUUAAGUUUUAAAUUUUAAUAUUACCUGCAGUAUUUUUAUCAAGAAUGUAUUUUCCUUUUACUUACCUGUAAAACAAAUAUGUACAACAUAUAUAUUUAGUGAUCAUUUUGUUCUAAAAACCAAAAAUGUUAAGUUAUUAUUUAUGUUUUAUUUAUAAAAAUAAAAAAUAUUUCAUUCAUCUUAAA